AUGUCUUACCAAACGAACGAUGGAGGCUUCAUGCCCUAUGAACCUGUGCCAAGACUGACUGUGAACCCCUAUAAAGAUGAAAACAGCGUCGUCCGACACUUGACCCAAGACCAAUACCAAGAUGAGUUGGCUUUCUGUGCCCAAAAAGUUGACCAGAUGGUUCGAAUGGGGAUGGACCUGCAAUCAGAAGCUAAUGCCAAGCUUUUUGCCAUCAACAAGGAACGCAUUCGAACUGGCUACACCCCUCUUCUUGACUUCGUCCAUGAUUACGACAUGACUGGAGUUUGGCCUGUUCGUUUCUUUGUUCUUGCCGAUGGAAGCAGAAGCCCUUUGCCCCAUGUCAAUGGGAUGCCCGAUCUUGGGAUCUUCGAAAGGCUUAUCAAGAUGAAGCUGAUUAUGCCGGAUCCAUUCUCCGAAGCCGUCAAGACGUCACGUUUCUGUGAAAUCUGGAAAAUGGACGAAGAUGAAUACAUCAUGCGAUACCAGCGUUGGUUGGGCGAUGUGGACUUGUACACUGAGGGUGGCGAAGAAGAGAGCAGCGAGGAAGAAGAAGACGAAGUCAAUAUGGGCGGGAUCAACCUUAGCCGAAUCGAGCGUUUUGUGGACAAUCUCCCAAUUGUACCCGGUACUAGCCAUCAAGAAGAUGAACAACAGCCAGAGGUUGAAGAAACUGACGCAGACUCCGGUGGAUUGACCGAAGAAACCAGUGAAGUAUCCAGUGACGGAAUCAGCGAUGGAUCGAAUGGUGAACCUCCUUCCCCUUCAAGCAGUUCUGAUGCUGAGAUUGACACCAUCUUACAGCGUCGGGUUGAUUGGGGCAUUAUGUCUCAGGUACAGCCUUCCGACCAAGAAGAAGCCACUUCCAACCAAGAAGAAGCCACUUCGGAGGACGAAACUACCGAAGAACCUACUCAGGAGGAGCAAGAUGAUGUGGACGACGAGUCCGAGGAAGAAGAGUUCGACGAAAGUCCAAAGAAGAAGCAGAAAACAGGAGAAGACACCGAUGAAGAAGACACCGAUGAAGAAGACACCGAUGAAGCCGACACUGUCCAAGGAGAUGACAGCGAUGGAGAUAACAACGAUGGAGAUGACAGCGACGAUGAGGAAGAUGGCGACAAUAGUGAAGAAAGCAAGCUGCUUGCAUCCGGCAUUGAGAUUCUUUGCACUGGUAGCUUUUCGUAUUGA